AUGGGGUACUACCUAGCGGAUGGCAUUUAUCCUGAGUGGGCAACAUUUGUCAAGACCAUCCCUAUGUCGCAAGGAGAAAAGAGAAAAUUAUUUGCCCAACGACAAGAAUCAGCACGGAAGGAUGUUGAACGGGCAUUUGGAGUGCUCCAAGCCCGAUUCGCUAUUGGACGUGGUCCAGCGCGUGCUUGGCCUGUGAAUACAAUGAAACACAUAAUGUUAGCAUGUAUCGUAUUGCAUAACAUGAUUGUCAAAGAUGAGCGAGACACAUAUGCUGGUAAUUUUGAUUACGACCAUUUUGAUAAUAAUUUCUCCACAACUGAAGUAUCUACUGGUCCAAUUCCCAACUUGACAACAAUGUUUGAAAGGAUAGCACAUGUUCAUCAAAGGCAAAAUCAUCGCCAACUUCAAGCAGACUUGGUGGAACAUAUUUGGGAGAGAUUUGGUCAUGAGAACAACGAAAGUUAG